AUGGAUUCUCUUAAGUCAGAUCUGCAGGACUUCCUCAUCAAUACUUGUGGGUGUGCUACUGCUACCGGCCUUAAUCAAGUCGGAAUACAGCCCUGUCAUGGCAAUAAACAGUUGGUUGAUGUGGCGAACUGGAUUCGCUUCGCGCGAGUGCAGCUGUCGAACCUCUCCACAUUUACCGAAGCAAUACAUGAACUUGAUAAUUUUCUUGCUCACCGGUCAUUUUUGGUCUCAGACACAUUAUCGUACGCUGAUAUAGCAGUCUGGGCCCGCUUGGAAUGUACGAAAAAUUGGAACGAAAUCUGCACUUCUAAAAUCAAAGGUGGUCCUUUAAACUUGGGCAAUUUUGUGAAUUUGAGGCGUUUUUGCCACUUUUUAAGAUCACACCCGGGUCUGACUCACCUCGGUGAAGCUCUAGUCAAGAACCCGAUUCCCCUUCAACCCUUGACCCCCCAAAAAUGUACCGCUUCCAACAAUACUCAACCUAAGAGUGGUCGUGCUGCGAAAGAUAUGAAGUUCGAAGAGGGCGGGAAAUUUGAAGACCUUCCCGAUGCCAAAAUGGGUGAGGUAGUUGUCAGAUUUCCACCGGAGGCAAGUGGCUUUAUGCACAUCGGCCAUGCUAAGGCUGCCCUUCUGAACUAUCAUUACAAGGAGACCUUUAAAGGGAAGUUAAUUCUUCGCUUUGAUGACACGAACCCAGAGAAGGAAAAUGCAGUUUUUGAGGAAGCAAUUUUAACUGACUUGCCUCGUUUGGGAGUUAAAUGGGAUACUCUUAGCUACACUUCCAACUACUUUGAUCGCAUGAUUGAGCUCUGUACUCAGCUGAUCAGUGAUGGCAAGGCCUAUGCUGACGACACUGAUUUGGAGACUAUGAGGAGUCAGCGCGAAGCUAGACAGGAGUCUGCCUGCCGCAAUAACUCCGUUGAGAAGAAUUUGGCGAUGUGGAAAGCUAUGCAAGAAGGGACGGCGCAUGGGCUCAAGACCUGUAUCCGUGCAAAAAUCGAUAUGUCAUCGGACAAUGGAGCUAUGCGAGAUCCCACCAUCUACCGAUGCAAACUGGAGCCGCACAUUCGCACUGGCACCAAGUACAAGGUCUUCCCCAUCUACGAUUUUGCCUGUCCAAUAGUGGACAGUUUGGAGGGUGUUACUCAUGCGCUCCGUACCUCCGAAUACAAUGACCGGAACUGUCAAUACUACUGGAUGUGCGAUGCUCUCAAGAUUCGCAAGCCGAUCGUGAUUGAUUUCUCUCGCUUGGCUUUACAAUCCACCAUCCUUUCAAAGCGAAAGCUGACCUGGUUCGUGGAACAGGGUCUAGUGAGCGGCUGGGACGAUCCACGUAUGCCUACUGUUCGUGGAAUCCUUCGUCAUGGACUCACACCUGAGGGUCUUCGCCAGUUCAUUCUGGCCCAGGGCUCGAGCAAGUCAACUGGUACCAUGGAAUGGGAUAAGAUAUGGGCUUUUAACAAGAAGGUCAUUGACCCUGUGGCACCCCGCUACACGGCUCUGAGCCUCAGCAAAGGUGGGGUGGUUCCAACUCCUCUGCAUCCCAAGAAUCCUUCAGUGGGUGAAAAAACCAUUGUUCUGGCUCCCAUCGUUUUUGUUGAAUACGCCGACGCAGAAUGCUUUACUGAGGGGGAUAACGUGACCUUCGUGAACUGGGGCAAUCUCCGUAUUGUCAAAAUCUUCCUCAACACAGCUGGAAGGAUAUACACCAUAGAUGCAGAACUCAAUCUGGAAGACACGGACUACAAGAAAACUCAGAAGGUUACGUGGUUGGCGGAUCCAGGUACUCUCCAGAACGUGGGUAAUGAACUUGCUCUUCUGACUCCCCUCUCCUGCCUCACCUAUGGUAAUCUCAUUUCUAAACCCCUGAUCGGAAAGGAUGAAGAUUUUAAAAAUUUCAUUAACCAUAACUCUGUGUCUUCGGAGGCCUGCUUCGGUGAUUCACAAAUUCGUAAUCUGAAAAAAGGCGAUAUCAUCCAGUUGCAACGCAAAGGAUUCUACAUCUGUGAUCAGCCCUACAGGCCUUCGCAUCCAUCCACGUGGAGAGAGGCACCAUGUGUUCUUAUUUAUAUCCCUGAUGGCGCAACAAAGGAGCGUCCAACCACGGGGUCAAAGUUUAAGGUUGGUGAAGCUGGUGACAGCAAACAACAACAGCAGAAAAAGGGAGACACGUCUGCUCAAAAGGAGUCUGCUAAUUUGACUCCCGAAGAGGCUGCUAAACGAGCAGAAAAGGAGCGAUUGAAGGAGGAGAAGAAGGCUGCGCGGAAGGCUGGUCGGGAGAAGGCAAAGCAAGAACAAAGGAUGCAAUCCACGGAAGCUCCACUCGCAGCCGCUCCUGCAACUACUGCUGUAGUACCAAAACCACCCUGUGUAGAAGCACCCAUGAAACUGGUCAGCACAGGACCCAAGGAAAAAUCACAACUUGUAAAAAAGACGGAAAAUUCGGCUGGGGGGAAGAAACAGACGCGUUUAGGCAUGGAAGUCAAGAAGGGAGACGACACAGCCGAAUGGUACACGCAAGUUAUCAGAAAGGCCGAAUUGCUGGAAUACUACGAUAUCUCAGGCUGUUACAUCCUCCGACCAUGGAGUUACUUUAUUUGGAGCCAGAUUCAGGCUUUCUUCGACAAGGCGAUCGCGGCUCUGGGAGUGGACAAUGCCUACUUUCCCAUGUUUGUGUCGAAGGGAGCGCUUGAGCAGGAGAAGGAACAUAUUGCGGAUUUUGCUCCUGAAGUUGCAUGGGUGACACGUUCGGGCUCAUCGGACCUGGCAGAGCCGAUCGCACUACGACCAACGAGCGAGACAAUCAUGUAUCCAGCCUUUGCAAAGUGGAUUAAAUCGCAUCGUGAUCUUCCUCUCAAGCUUAAUCAAUGGAGCAACAUCGUUCGCUGGGAGUUUAAGCAUCCAACUCCAUUCCUGAGAACUCGUGAGUUCCUCUGGCAAGAGGGUCACACAGCUUUCGCCUCAAAGGAGGAGGCUGAAGCGGAGGUGUUGACCAUAUUGAACCUCUAUCGAAGCAUCUACAACGAUCUCUUGGCCAUCCCCUGUAUUAGAGGUCGAAAGACGGAGCGAGAGAAGUUUCCUGGCGGUGAAUACACCACCACCGUGGAAGUCUUCAUUGAGGCCUCCGGUCGUGCCAUUCAAGGUGCCACCUCACAUCACUUGGGGCAGAACUUCAGCAAGAUUUUCGAAGUGAUGUUCGAGGAUCCCGAGACCAAUCAGCCGUGCUAUGUCUACCAGAACUCCUGGGGCAUUACUACGCGUACCAUCGGUGUAAUGAUCAUGGUGCACUCAGACAACCAGGGUCUCGUCCUCCCACCACGCGUUGCCAGAUACCAAGUGGUGGUAGUACCUUGUGGCGUGACGGCAAAGACCACGGAGUUAGAGCGUUCAGAGCUGCUAGAGCAAGUGAAGACCAUCACGGCAGUUCUAGGUGAGGAGGCAGGCUUGAGGGUGCAUCUGGAUGACAGGGACCAUGUCUCUCCGGGAUGGAAGUUUAAUCACUGGGAGCUGAAGGGGGUACCUCUGCGCUUGGAGGUAGGAUUUAAGGAUCUGGCGAAGGGCGAGGUCACUGCGGUGGUGCGAUACACUGGAGAAAAGACCACUAUUCCGCUGAGCCGGCUGACUGCUACUGUGAAGCGCAUGCUGGAUGACAUCCACGAUCUUAUGCUAUCUCGGGCUACUAGCAUCCAGAACUCGCAUAUCCUACCUGCAAAGAACAUGGAAGAAUUGGCUAGCGCACUGGACAAGAAGUGUAUCGUCGUGGCACCCUUUUGUGGCGACGCGCUUUGUGAAGAUGCGGUUCGCGCCGAGUCUUCAGAGAACGUGGUUGUGAUCCCUGGAGCGCCCUCAAUGGGUGCCAAGUCCCUGUGCAUUCCCUUUGCGGGAGAGUUAGGCGGUUUAGAGACGGGACCGGUGACCGAUGGCUCGCCGUGCCUCCGGCACCCACUCUGCACGAAACCGGCUGUCUUCCACACCCUCUUUGGACGCAGCUACUAG